GAGAGAGAGAGAGAGGAAGGGGUGUAUGUUUACAGAUACUUCUUUCUUGCCAGUCUCCCUUUGCUUGACGGCAUAGACAUACUUCUUUGGAUUAUCAUCUGAAAACACCAUCGAAACAAACCGUUUGGAUUAUCAUCUGAUAUAAUAUGAAAACUCAAGUUAUUUUCUUGAUACUAGGUCUGUACCUGCACAAGUACGCCUCGGCACGUGGAGAUGGUGGAUGCAGUGAUGAUGAAGUCAUGGGAGAUGAUGGAAAAUGUGUAGAAUCAGGACAGAUCUCAAGGCGGGGAGAUUAUCCACAGUAUGAAUGCCGUAAGGGCUUUGUCUUGACUGGUGUAGAGUGUACAGAUAAAGAUGAAUGUGGUGAGUCUAUGUUCCCAACGUGUGGACUGUAUGGUUACUGCACAAACACACCUGGCAGCUACACCUGCACCUGUACUGAAGGGUUCAGGAACCCUAACAACAACGAAAAAGGCCCUUGUGAAGAUGUGAAUGAGUGUAGUAGGAGUCCUCCUCUUUGUGGCCAACAUGCCAACUGCGUCAACACACCUGGCAGCUACAACUGCACCUGUCCAGCAGGGUUCAGGAACCAUAACAACAACACCAGAGCCCCUUGUGAAGACAUAGACGAGUGUGAAACAGACAUCUGUGGCUCUCAAUCUGAAGGCAACUGCACAAACACAAAUGGAAGCUACACCUGUGUGUGUCGCCCUGGUCACAGUAACUAUGGCAACGCCCAGGGCAAGUGCACAAAGCUCACCUGUGACGGAUAUCAUGUCAGCGGCUCAGAUGGACAGGCUGUUGGAGGCUUGGGACCUCUCUGGGAGAAGAUGAGGAAGAACUGUGAGGAUCUGAGCAGCGGAGGAGGAGACACAGGACACGCAACAGGUCAAGGACUCCUCAAGGACAUGCUCACUGGGACGGAUGAGUUCUUGUCUUCUGGCCAGGGUGUGGAUGACAGUAGUCAAGUGACAGGCCUGCUCACCAUGAUGGAGAAAGCCAUGAUGCUCAUCGGACCCCAGAUGAAACAGAACCACACCAAAAUGGAGUCACAGCAUACAGAGGCAGAGCUUGCGGUGAAAAGAGGUAGAACUCCUCCCACUGGGCCGGUCAUGUUGAGCACAGAGAACGCCUCCUUCAACACCAGCUGGGAAAUGGCUGCAGGCAACGGCACUUAUCCAGGUUUCACUGUGGCUGCCCUGGUCAGCUACAAGAGCCUGGACUCCAUCCCCGACUCCUCCUUUCAGGCCCUGAGGGAGAAGAUGGAGGAGGAGGAGAGGAGACAGAAGCAGCAGGAGGAGCAGGAGGAGCAGGAGAAGCAGAAGAAGGUGCUCACAGAGCUCCAGAUCGUCUCCAACGUAGUGACGGCCAGCGUCAGCAACCCAGAUACACACAAACUGGACCAGAACGUCAACCUCACCUUCAAACACCCUCAGGAGAGGAAUGAGUCUGAGAGUUUGCGCUACGUGUGUGUGUUCUGGGACAGAGACUCCUGGUCACAGCACGGGUGUGUAUCGUCCUCCACCAGCACACACACCGUCUGCAGCUGCAACCAUCUCAGCAGCUUUGCUGUGCUCAUGGCCCUCUACGACAUCAAGCACACCUUUGAGCUGCAGCUGAUUACGUGGAUCGGUCUGGCCGUGUCUCUGGCGUGUCUGUUUGUGUGCAUCCUGACCUUUGGCCUCUGUCGCUCCAUCAAGGGCACGCGCACCACCAUCCACCUCCACCUGUCGCUCUGCCUCUUCCUCGCCGACCUCAUCUUCCUCUGCGGCAUCAGCCGAGCACAGAAGGCUGGCUGUAGUUUGGUGGCAGGGCUGCUGCACUACUUCUUCCUGGCUGCGUUCAGCUGGAUGCUGCUGGAGGGGGUGCAGCUCUACAGGAUGGUGGUGCUCGUCUUCCACACCAGCCUCCGCCCCGCCUACAUGAUGGCCGCCGGCUACGGAGCUCCGCUGGCCAUCGUCAUCAUCUCCGCCAUCGCCUACCCGCAAGGAUACGGCACUGACCAACACUGCUGGUUGUCUCUGCAGCGUGGUUUCAUCUGGGCGUUCUUCGGCCCUGUGUGCAUCAUCAUCUUCCUCAACGCCUUCUUCUUCCUCAUCACACUCUGGAAGUUGGCUGAGAAGCUGACCAGCCUCAGCCCUGACCUUUCCAACCUGCAGAUGAUCAAGGGUUUCACAAUGACUGCGAUGGCUCAGCUGUGUGUCCUGGGGGGCAUGUGGAUGUUUGGCUGCAUCAUGUUCCAGAAUGUGGCCAUGGCCUACCUCUUCACCAUCCUCAACAGCCUACAGGGGGCGCUCAUCUUCCUCAUGCACUGCCUCAUGUCAAAACCUGUGAGAGAUGAGUAUGCUAAGUUCCUGAGUGGCAUCUUCACCCCAGAAAAGAGGAGAUACACAGAGUACACCUCCAAUCCUUCCAGCAACAGCCAGCAGCCUUUGAAAACCAACCCGAGUACGGGUCAGUCACAGAUAUGAGACAACCCAUGACCUUCAGAAGAUCCAUAAUGCUUUGCAAGCCCAGAAUUCUGUAUUAUGUACAGGUGAUCAUCUUUUUUUUCCAGAGAUGUUCUGAAAGAGAUUUGGGUAACAUUUUAUAAUAACUACAAACAAUUAAUCAUUUAUUAAGCCUUUGUGUCACCGAGAUUUGGAAGAAUCUUAGAUUUUAUAUAUUAUUUUAUAUUUUUUAUAUUUGAACAAAUACAUUUUAAUUAAUCUAUUUACAAUUUUUAUAUUUUAUGUCAAAACUAUUUAAUGUACCUAUUCUUUAUUUCCUUAAGAGUAUGCAUUGGUGAUAAGAACAUACUGUUUAGAUAGCCUAUGUAUGUAGGAUUCGAGUUGUUUGAGUGGUAUUGAAUGCACCGCUAAGUCUAUCGUGGCACUCUUGUGUAGGAUUUGAGUUGUUUGUUGUUGUAUCACAUGGGGCAUAUACUAUAUGCAUUUCUUUGACAUUGUGUUUAUAUUUGUCACAAUUUAUUGCUAUUUUUACGUCAUUUAUGAAUUUUAAAAAACUAAAAAACCUACAAAUUGCACAUUUUCACUGGGUUUUCUGAAGGGUUUUGGUACAUUGUUGAAUUAAUUAAAGGUUUAGAGUUA